AUGGUUGCAGGUAACAACUCUUCAGCUAAGGACUCCUCCUUCAAAGCCUUUGUCACACCUGUAGGCACACGAGAGAGGGCAGAAGGUGCCGAGGUCCUUCACUCUCCUGAGGAGGUGGGGGAAGAACAACUAGAGCAGCAGGAAACAAGAGACACCAAGAUGAACAUCGGACUACACAAUGAUGAAGAACAGCAGCAGGCGUCAAUGGGAAACAAGGAGUUUUUUCUUCUCCUAAAGUUCUUCACCGCCAUGGGGUAUACUGAAGACGUUGUUAAACAAGUCCUUGCAAGAACGGGACUUAAAGAGGCUUCACAGAUCCUGGACUUGGUUCAACAAGAACAGGAUUGCAGUGACAGACAGCCGGAAACUCGUGGCAUUGCAAAACCAAACCAUCGAAACACCAUUGCUCUGGGUCAAGAGGGGGACCAACCCUGUGAGACACAGCAUGAAGAGGGAACUUUGGCAGGGGCGAGUAAAGUAGCACUCGGUAAGGAACUAGUAGGAACAGAUGGAAAAAAAGAGGUAACAAGGAGCCCAAAAGACUUUCAGGGGGAAGGCUGUUCAAAGUUAGAGGGAGUAGAACAUGAGGAAGACUUUGUCCUUGGGGUGUUGAAAAAGGCGGCUGUUAGUUGUGGGUACACAGAGCAGAGCAUAACCAAAGUGUACAACAGGCUGCCUGAUGGAUCCACUCACCAACUGCUGCUGGAGCUACAGAGAGAAGGAAGCAGAGAGGCUGAUGAGUUUAAAGAAGAACCGAAGGACAGUCGAGAUGUGCUGGAGAAAGAAAGACAAAUUACUGAACCAGCUGAGACUCAACCAAAAGGAGAACUUGAGCUGUUUUUACAGAAAGAAAAGAGAGAAUCUGAUGAAAAAGGACAAGUGAAGGUGUCAAACUGUUCUCUGCCCAAAGCAGAACUAGACUUGCCUACUUGGACUAACAAACCCCAGCAGCUGCCAACCAGUGUGUACACAUCACAACCAAAGCAACGGCAGUCUUUGAACCCACAAACCCAUAAUGUCAAAGGGCCACCCAUGUCUACUUAUCACUCAUCUAUGGAUACUCAACCUUUUCUGUCUAACAAGCAACAGGUGCACACCACUCACUGGCCUGAUGCGAUCACGUCCAAGCAGAAUCCUCAAACGCAAAUCAACGCCUCAAACUUAAACCAGCAUUCUUCGAACUCCUCUAAACAGCAGUUUCAAACCCACCCCCACAUUUUUACCAACAAUGACUUGACCUCUACCAAAGUAAAGGACAAACAAAGAUACAUUGCCUCUACUUCGCUAGUAGUGACAGGGGAGCAGCGCUUCCUUGAAGGUCUGCAGACCCCUUUUGAACUUAAGCUAACUGAUAAACCUGGAGAUGGAAAGCUGAGGACAAUCAUCAUUGAUGGGAGCAACGUGGCUAUGAGUCAUGGUUUGGGUCAUUUCUUCUCCUGUCGAGGAAUAGCUCUGGCCGUUCAGCACUUCUGGGACCGAGGCCAUCGUCAAAUCAGCACUCUGGUGCCGCAGUGGAGGCAGAAGAGCGACCACAGGAUCAAAGACUUCUUCAGUACACAUUUGUUGGAGACCUCUUCAUGA